GUUAUUAGAUCAAUAUAUGUUAUUAUCAUUUAUUUAUUUUUAUUAUUUAAUAAUAAGAUUAUAAGCUCCUUUUUUUGUACCUACCCUCUUUGAGCUAGAGAAUAGACAUGCAUGCUUAUCUAUUUGGUAUUUGAUCUUUGUCUGUUGUGUUUUUCGCAUGCUACUCAACUUAGUACAUGCUGGAUUUUUUUUCUUAUUCUUUUUCUUUCUUGUGUUAAGUUGCACCAAAAUGCAUGUGUUAGAGUUAACAUGGGUCUAGUGCUUGUUUAUGUUCAUAAGAUUAAGAUGUUGAAUUAUUGGAUAGCUUUGGUUUGCCGUAUAUUUAAUAGUGUUAUAUUAUUAUAUUAUAUUUGUAGUGGGUAUUUAGCUGUUUAAAAAUUCACAAAACAAAAAUGUGAUCAUCCUCUGUUCCUCAAAUGGCUCCGAUUGUAGUUGGAGAUGUCAUCCCAGACGGCACCUUGGCCUUCUUGGACAACGAUAACAAGCCAUAGUCUGAGAGCAGAAGAGCUAAAAGGAAGUGUUGGGAGUGAGGAGUACACACAAGAUGGAACAGUGAAUAUUAAAGGAAAACCUGCUCUUAGAUCUAAAAGUGGUGGUUGGAAAGCUUGCUUCUUUAUUGUUGCUUGAAGCAUGUGCCUGGCUUCAUUGAGAGAGCAGAAGAGCUGAAAGGAAAGGGUGUGGAUGAAUCAUCUGUAUCAGUGUGACAAGACAGGAACACUCACACUUAACAAGCUUAGUGUUGACAAGAACUUGAUUGAGGUCUUUACUAAAGGAGUGAACAAGGAUCAUGUGAUCCUUCUCGCCGCAAGAGCUUCCAAGACUGAAAACCAGGAUGCCAUUGAUGCUGCUAUUGUUGGAAUGCUUGCAGAUCCUAAAGAGGCAAGGGCUGGAAUCAGAAAGGUUUACUUUUUACCUUUCAAUCUUGUUGAUAAGAGAACUGCUCUGACUUACAUUGGUGCUGAUGGAAACUGGCACCGUGCAAGCAAAGGUUCAACAGGGUUUAUGGCAUGCAUGCCUUUGAGUAUCCAGGCAUAGAUCAAAGGUUCAAUGAGGUGUUCAACAAAGCUAUGACGAACGACUAAAUGACAUUUCUGGGAGUGCAUAUUAUGUUGCACCAGAGGUACUUUACAGGUCAUAUAGUGUGGAAGCAGAAAUAUGGAACCAGAGGUACUAUGGAGCAAGUAACAGAGCAGUGUAAUCUUUUUUGAUAGAAAUUUUAUGUAUUAAGAGUUACAUGUUAAAGAGAUUUAUAAUUAAAAAAUUAUGUUAUGUUA